ACAGAUGUUUAAAAAUAGAAACAAAUUCUCUUCCAUGCACUUGAUGUGCUCGUUUUUCGCUCUUAAUUUUAGUUUCUCUUCAUUUUUCAUCGUUUUCCAACCCGUUUAAUGCUGUUGUCCACGCUCACGAAAGCCGUGCGGAGACAAAGAAAGCAAGUCCACAACUCCGCUGCGUCCAAGAUGCCAAAGAAGGACUCCAGAAAGGUCGAGCCCACAAAGCAGGAUAUCAAAAACGAAGAGGAAUCUAUUUCCGUGGACAAACCGGGAAAUAUUUGCCUCAAAGUUCACGCCAAACCUGGGGCCAAAAUGAACUCAAUUACAGAUAUAAGCUCGGAGGGCAUCGGAAUUCAAAUUGCUGCGCCUCCAGUUGAUGGCGAGGCGAACAUUGAAAUAGUCAAGUACGUCGCUUCUAUCCUCGGACUGCGGAAAAGUGAUGUCACCUUGGACAGGGGUUCCAGAUCAAGGCAAAAAGUGCUGGUUGUUACUGGUGGAAAGCUGACAGUGGGCCAAGUUAAAGAGCUCAUCCAGAAGCAGAUCGGUUCAUGAUUCGGCUGCUCCCUAUUGUACAGAACCUACCUCAGCAUCACUAAGGAGAUAGAGAUACCCACUGCCAUGUUCACCCUUAGUCAUGAGUUGUGCCAAAGUCUCCAGUCCGUGUCGAGCACCAAAAACGGUGGCCGCGCUGAUCUGCGCCGUCACCGAACCCCUGUCUGCUGCAUCGCUGUUGAUCUGCACAAAUGAAUAGAAUUCACUUUACGGAAAAUUCCAAGAAGAAGCUCCAAGUUUGUAUAGGAAAACUUUAAGAAACAAAAUCACCCUUAAGACUGAAUUUACAACAUUCCUUGAAAAUUCCGAUCCCUUUGAUCGGACGUCGAAUCAAAAUGUUCUGGACUUGAUUUGGAAUUAAUUAAAAUAAUAUUUGACAUCAUUUCCUUCCUGAUGUUGAUUUUAUAAAUGUUUUAAAGGAUGAAACUGCAGUAUACGUAUACAUUAUACUUCUCACAGUGCACUUUGGUGUAUUUAAUAAAUCUACUUGUGUAUAAAAAAUAUUUUCAAACUG